AUGUCUUCACCUACGCAUUCCUCCUUUAACGGAGCCUCGCCGCCUGAUCACAGCCGGAGUUCUCUCUGCGUUCGGCGAUUGAUGAUUCUACUGGUUUUGUUCUUCGUAUUGAUUAUCCUUGUUAUCUCCAUUGCAUGGUCGAUUCUGCAUCCCAUUAAUCCAGUUUUCACUCUCAACUCACUCACCAUAUCAAAUUUCACUCUCUCAAACUCUCGAGUAAACGCCGAUUAUGAUUUCAAUCUCUCUGUAUACAACCCCAACGAGAAGCUGACCUUGAUCAUCGAUCGUUUCCAUGUUAUCGUCAAAUAUCAUUAUAAAAAAAUUCUGUCAGAAAGUUGGGAAAAGCUGGUGAAGUUAGAGAAAACUGAUUUUAGCAAAAGAUUGUUGAAUUUGACAGUAGAAGUAUAUAUUAGAACAAGUUUCGAAUCUGAGAUUUGGCCAACAAAGGAAAGACGCAUGAAGGUUUCAUGCAACAACUUAAACGUUGAAUUUGGUGCCGCAGAAGACUCGGUCACUGGAACAGGGAAGCUCAGUGGUGGAGGAAAGCAAUGUAAAGUUUGA